GUGUGCGCGUUGGUGCUCCUAAGGCGCAUGCGAACUGAGGCCCAAAGGGGAAAGCCUUCCACACAGAUCUAAGACAGCUGCCCUGCUUUAAGCACUUCAUUGUAAGAAGAGCAGAAGAAAAGGGGGAACCCACAUGCAUCCCCCCAAACGGAGAGCUCAGACUGCCACGGCAAAGCAGCUGCCAGCAAAAAUACAGCUACAAAUGGUAGAUUGAGACGUUUACGUUUAAGUUGGAGGCUUCUGCUUCAUAUUUCCAGACCUUAAAGGGCACUUGUUGCCCUGGAAGCGAGGAGGAGGAGAAGGAGGAGGAGGGGGGGGGGUGUUCAAGCAAACUGACCUCCGGGGGUUAAGCAGAAUCAGUUUGUGUGAAGCUGUGUGGAGGAGGGGAGGAGGGAACAGGCAGCAGUUAGUGAGGGGUGGGAGGCCACGGUGGGGCUUCUGCACUGAUCAAGAAACAGACGAAGAAGCAGUCGCCGGUGAAGCAGGGAAAGAGGAGGAGAUGGCCACGGGAGAAAUCACAACACUUCCCUCCACACCUGAAGACGGCGGCAGCGGCGGCUUUCCUCCUGGGACCUUCAAGGAUCCCAAAAGACUGUACUGUAAAAACGGGGGCUUCUUCUUGAGGAUAAAGUCUGACGGGGGAGUGGAUGGAAUCCGAGAGAAGAACGACCCUCACAUAAAGCUUCAACUCCAGGCGACCUCCGUGGGAGAGGUGGUCAUCAAAGGGGUUUAUGCGAACCGUUAUCUGGCAAUGAACAGAGAUGGACGACUGUUUGGAGUGAGACGAGCAACAGAUGAAUGUUACUUCUUAGAGCGGCUGGAGAGCAACAACUAUAACACCUACCGCUCCAGGAAGUACCCCAACAUGUACGUGGCGCUGAAGCGGACUGGCCAGUACAAGAGUGGAAACAAAACCGGACCGGGUCAGAAGGCCAUUCUCUUCCUUCCAAUGUCUGCCAAGUGCUAAUCUACGAUCUGAUCUAAAAAAAAUAUAUGUAUGAUGUCUUAGGCAACGAAAAAAGAUGUGAUGGCAAUGAAGACUAAAUAUUCCAUCGACAUUGCCCAAAACAACUGUGAUGCUUUCCCGCUGUUUUUAUCCUGAUGUUUGCUGAACGCGUCUGGCUGCUUCUCAGUAAAACCUUCAACGUCUUUUACUGUGGACCAACUGAAGGCUACAACAAGGGAAAAAUAUAGAACCAGGUGUCCUGCUCAAGCACAGCCUGACUGAAAACGGCUAAAUAUUAGUUGCUCAUUUUGUGGAUGGGCUUCCCAACGCUAACAUUUACGCUGUUUAAGAUGUAGAUUUAGUUUAGGUCUCGUAGAUUCUAUAACUAAAAUGAAUGAACUCUCUUACUUAUAAGUUUCUAUAACUGGUAAAACAAGAUAAAGGUUUGAACUUGUGAUCUUAGAGGUUACUCUGGAUCAUGUGGUGUGAAUGUUCAUCUGAAAACACACUAUGAUCAAAUCCCAAACACACUUUAUGGGCUAAUAUUAUCAUAAUCUAUAUAGAAAUACUUCAUAUACUAUAUAUAUAUAUUAUGCUCAGUAGAUCUACUGAAUACUUCUUUUUUUUAAUAUUCGUACUUUGACAGAUCUAAAUUUAUUUAAUGUUUUUGUAGCGUUGCCGACUGACGAUUCUGAAUCAAACUUCUGUUGACUAAAUAUGAUUAUAGUGAAUGAUGUACAGCUCAGUGACAGGCAGAUAAGUUUAGUAUAAGGAUGAACUUGACAUACAGUCACG